UAUGUCUUGUUGUUUUUCAUAGCAUUAAAAAUUUAAUGAAUUUUUAACAUAAUAAAUUAAUGAAAUAAUGAAUAAGUAAAGGUCGACUUCGUAAGGUUUUUUUAAAAAUGGUACAUUCAACAAACGUUAUUACAACUCAUAAACAUCACAAACACACCGUGUAAGAAUUAUUCACGAAGCGAUACAUAAAAUUUUCGGAUAAUGUCUUCUCCUCAAACCUUUAAUUGUGUUUUGUGCUCAAAAUCAUUUGAUGAUAAAGAAACAUUACAAGAGCACUUCAGGAAACACGGCGAUCCCGCUUUUCAUCAAAACACGAAAAUAAAAUCUAAGACUCAAAAUGAAAUUCCCACAUCAACCGAAAAAAUUGAAGAGAAUGAAAUGGUUGGCUGUGAUGUCUGUGAAGAAGUAUUUCCUACUAUAUCAAAGGCUAUAACACACAAACACAAAGUUCACCCUGAUCAUGAUGGUAAAUACUUUUGUCCAUGGUGUGGGAAACUUUUCACAAUGAAGCAUUUAUACAACAAGCAUAUACAAUCCAGCCACCAAGGAGCAACAAGUGAGGAUGUCAAUGAUUUUCACUGUGAUUGUUGCAAUGUUGACUUCUUCAUGCCCUCAGCUAUGAUGCACCACAAUAAGUUCUUUCACAGGCUAGAUUCUGAGAUUAAUAACAUUGGUACAUCAAAAAAGAUCAAACUAUAUAAUGAGGAGCUGGUACAAAUCUUCUACUGUCCAUUUUGUGGAGAGGAAUACAACAACAAGGUUAAUUUAAAUAAACAUAUGAGUGAUGACCAUGGUGAUGAAAAUCAAGCUCCUGAAGAUAUUCUACGAUGCCCACUGUGUGAAUCAGUUUUUUACCACCUAGAUGCAUAUGAGUUGCAUUUGACCUUCCAUUCAACUGAGGAUUUAUAUAGUGAACGAAAUGAAAUGAUCAAAGAAAUAGUUGAGUUUUCACUAGAUGCAGUACCACCACUCUUGGAGAAGCUUCCCACUUUAAAUGAGGAUAUGACGGUGGAUAAUUUUUUGCAAAUGGUAAUUAAACAAGACAGCGGAGAUACAGAAGAGUUGGGUAAAAUAAAAUCUAAAAAGCACAAAAAACAUAAAAAAUCCAAAAAAUCAUCAAUUACCUUAGACGAAUUUCUAAAUAUGAAUAAAGAUGUUUUUGGAGAUGGUCUUAAUGUCCAGGGUAUAGAGGAAGUACCCACUGGAAGUGUCUUAAAGAAACCCAAACUUAAAAAAGUGAUUAAUACUGCUCAUGUUAAAACAAGUAAUCUAGAUUUAGCUAAACUAAAAAGACAAGGUAUUGUCAUCAAGACAAAAUCCAGCCAAUCUUCUCCUACUCUUGUUAUUCCCGAGAAACCCUUAAAUACUAUAGACAAAACAGUAAAAUUAGAAAAAAAUCCACUAGACACUGUAACAAACCCAGCUGACAUUAUAUCAAAACUAAUGAAGCAGGGUGUUGGUGACAUUAAAAUUGUAAAAAAAUCUAAUGAUAUAUUAACUGAUCAAGAUCAAUCAGAUAAAAUAGAUUCAUCAUCGGAUUAUAAUAAAUCUGAAGUACCAUAUUCACCACAAGCUAAUUUAGAUACUCGGCAAUGUGCUAAUAAUCGAACCGAACAAUCUGAUGAGAAAUCCCAAGAAAAUGUAACAAAUAUUGAUUUAAAAAACGAAAAACACCAUGAUGAAAGUAUCACUUUUGGCAACCACACUAAUGAUGAAGAUAUUGAUGAAACUCAAAAUAUGACUGAUAAUUAUGAAGAGACAUUUAUAGACAAACAGGAAUUAAAAAGUUUAAAAGAAGAUGAGUUGAACAAUGAGUCAUUAGUCAAUUCAGAUACUGAAGAAAUCGAAACUACAAAUAAUUCAUUUGGUAAGGAACAAAUUUCUGAAAAUGAGCAGGAGAUUUAUUCACCAGGUAAAGGUAAGGAGCCUACAAAUAUAUGUAAGGAUCAUUUAAACAAUACAUUGAACUCUCUUAACAUAAGCAAAGGAAUAACAAUUAAAUCUUUAGGACAGACAUCAAAAAGUUCUGAAUGCAAAGACAAAAAUGACCAAAGUACAUCUCCUAAGACACCAAUAGAUGUAUUUAAAUGUUUGAGUAAACAUAUAACUAUAAAAAAACCUGUUAAAUCAAAAGAAUAUUUACCCUAUGAAGACGAUGAAGGCAACAAUGAAGAAUGUGCUUCUAAAUUAGAACCUGCUGAUGAUAGUCUCGAAGUAGCAAAUGAAAUAGAAAAAUUACAAAAUCAAGAUAAUUUUAAAAACAAUAUACACAUAAAAAGUAAUAAAUAUUGUAUGUCUCCUAAACAUGAAGUAGACAAUAAGACAAAUGAUAUUUCGAACCAUCUAAAUAUUUUAAAGAAACUGAGAAAUGUGACUGCUAAACCGCUGACAACUUUAAAGCAAAACGUACAAUUAACGAGUCCCGUAACAUCACAAAGUAUAAAAAAAUCUGCACCCAACGACGCAAUAGAUAAAGAAAUUGAAAUAUUCAAUAUAGAUGAUUCUGAUAGUGAUCCCGACGGGGAUCAUGUAAUUAAUAAUAAAGAAGGAAUUGUUGAAUUAAAACCUGUAAAACAAAUAAACUUGAAAGAUAGUGAUCAUCUUCCCAAAGAAAUGAUACAAAAUCUAAAAAGGAAUAUAAAUAUUAAGCCAUCACAAAAAAACAUGACAUCACCAAAUCCCCAGUCUAGUGAUGGCCAACAAGAAUAUAAAACAACAAUAAAUCGCAUGACUGAAACAAAAUCUAUAAUUAAAACUAAUCAAAAUCGGUUACACAAACAAACUCAACUUCAAAAAACGCUUCAAAAUUUAAGCCAACAUAUCACGAUAAAGUCAAAUAUAUCUUCUCCACCACCAAAUUUUGAUGACCACAGUGACAUGGAUAACGAAGAAAUGGAACAUCAUAACAGUGACGAUGGUAAUGAAUCUGAUUCUAGUACAGGAAAAGUGAAAAUAAGUGAGUUGCAUGAGGAAGAAGCUGACAACGAUCAUGAGAAUUUUGAUGAAAAUGAAAUGAACGCAACAGUUCAAUCACCUGAAGAUUAUAACAAAGAUGAAGAAGAUCAUUGGGAUGAAAGUGAUGAAUUUACUGAUUUUGAGGACCAGAUCAAGACUAAUCCAAUUAAGAUAGGUAAUACAAAUUCUAACCAAACCAUUAAGCAGCGUCCACCUCAUAAUAUAGGUAGUUUAAAUAAAGAAUUAACAAUAAAAAGUCUACGCCAGACCAAUCCGUCACCUCAAGUUGAAACAGCCACAGAAGAUGAAGCAUUUGAGGCGUCACAAAAUUCUCGAAACAUAUCUAUAAAACCUAAUCCAGUCAAAAUUAUGAAUAAAAACAUGACCCAGCCUAGUCACAGUUUCACAGAUCAAAAGACUACUUCUUCAACUAAUCAAGUAAAUACUGUUAAGACUUUAAAGACUUAUAAAUCUCAGACAUUUAUAGAAGAGGUCACCACUACUGUUACGAAGACAAUAAGAACUGUGAACACUAAUGAAAGUCAUAAUGCUAUACAAAAAGUAAGACCACAAAAGAUUAUGAAUACUGGCAAUAAUAUCCGAGGCACUGGACGUAUAAGACCGCAUGGUCAUGUAGUGGGCACUAAAAUAAAAAAAAUUAACCCACAAGUCAGACCUCAAGUAAUACGACCUUCUAAUCAAAUGGUUGCCAUCCGCCCUAGACUGGCAAAUCCACAGUCGUUCAACAUCAGAAAACCAACACCAGUGCAGCAGAACAUGCCUCGCCUAACAAAUCUAAAUAAAGUUAAUAAUUCUCAGUCAAGCCAAAGCUUAAAAAGACCAAUUGAGUCCAAGGAGGAGGAAACAGAUCAAACUGCGAUCUUCAAAAAGCCAAAACCUGUCACAAUAGCCCAAAAAUCACAGUUCAAUAGUGAAUCAGUUCAAUAUUCUUGCUCGUCUCAGAGCAAAUCAAAUUUCUCAAGUGUAAAGGUUGUUAAGGGUAAUUCAGUUGCAACAAGCCAAGUACGAUCAGAAUCAUGUGUAAAUCAGCAACAUUUAUCCAAACUGAGUGGUGUCUCUGGCUUGAAAAUUGUCAAAUCUAGCUCAAAACAGAUGUCACAAGUAGAAAAUAAGUGCCAAGUAAAUUCACCCAAAAACAGUGCGAUAGCAGCCCUUGAGAAAUUACAAAGCCAAGGUCUGCUGGUAAAGAAACCACGGUUUGAACCCACAGAUAAUGUAGCCGAAGCAGAUUUCUUUAGUGGUAGUGAUGACGAACACUUUGAAGAUGAACAUUUUGAUGAAUAAAAUUUUCUAUUUAUGUUUGGUUAGAAAUUAGAUUAUGUAAGGUGUCUAGACAAUUAAAAUUUAUUCAUUGGUUUAGAUUUAAGUAAGGUAAACAUUAUAUAUGUAUGCACUAUGUAAGUUUAUAAUAAUUUAUAUCUAGAUCGAAUAAAAUGUGUGUUUUACGUUAGGUAUAUGUGGUACAAUGACAUAUAUGUUUAUCAAUCUAGAAAACUGUAAAUAUUAUAUAUAAGAUGACAUAAAUGUUGAUAUUGAAAAAUA